AUGGAGGUACUUAACACUAACGGCCAGAACCUUAGUCCACGAGAGGCACUUAAUGAAGUGCCUUGGGGGUGUGGAGGAGAGAGGAGAAGAGCCAGAGUUCGGGAGGACCGACUGAGAUCGAGGAGCCAUGGAGGUGCCCAUAAUGGCUCGCCUGUUCCCCUCAGACCAGGUGAGCAGCGGCGGCAGCAGCCGGGGCCAGGUGAGCAGCGGCGGCAGCAGCCGGGGCCAGGUGAGCAGCGGCGGCAGCAGCCGGGGCCAGGUGAGCAGCGGCGGCAGCAGCCGGGGCCAGGUGAGCAGCGGCGGCAGCAGCCGGGGCCAGGUGAGCAGCGGCGGCAGCAGCCGGGGCCAGGUGAGCAGCAGCGGCAGCAGCCGGGGCCAGGUGAGCAGCAACAGCAGCCGGGGCCAGGUGAGCAGCAGCAGCAGCAGCAGCAGCAGCCGGGGCCAGGUGAGCAGCAGCAGCAGCCGGAACAGAGGCUGCAGCGACUGCAGGAUCGUGUACACUCGAUGGUACACCAGUUGGAGCAGCACCAACACCCCAUGGUACAGAUCAUUCAACAACACCAAGUGCUGCAGUACCGUGAGGCCCAGGGUCGGCGGGUGAGUGACGAGACCCAAGAGAGACCAGUCCGGGGCCACACAGACUUGGCCACCAACUACCCGCUGUUCCGUGAGUUCCUGGAGACCCUCAUGAGUGGCCCUGAUGAUGGCCCACCAACCCAGCGUGGAGCACAAGGUAACCAGCCGGCCAGGAGGGGAGCCGGGUCACCACAGCCGGCCAGGAGGGGAGUCGGGUCACCACAGCCGGCCAGGAGAAGAGUCGGGUCACCACAGCCGGCCAGGGUGAGGGCCGUAUCGCCAUUAGUCCACCACAUGGCCAGGAUGUGGGCCGGACCUUCCAAUAACAACCCAAGACUACAUCACCCACAAGAACACCUUACAAGAGACGCGGGCCAUGUGGUACAACCUCCACCAGCUGACCCAAGGAUCUCUGAACCUUCGUCAGUUGGGUUACAAGACGUGUCCCUAGCUCCUCUACCGGAGCUGCCUAGCCUUCCCGUACCAGAGCUGCCUCAAUCCAUGCUCCGGGAUGCCAUGAGGGAGAGACUGGAACCUCGACCCUCUAGAGUUCGCGCGUACUCCGAGAACUCCACGAUCCGUCGAGUCGAGGACCACCUGCCUGGCUGCCCUCUAGUAAACCAUAUUGAUGACCCCGCAGGAGGCGACGCAGAAGGUGACUUGAUAUUUCAAUUCUCGGAUGAACAGGAGUUGGGAAUUGGUCGACGCCCUUCAAGGUUGACCUCUGAGGACUUCCCUUCCUCCAUCAGUAGUAGAGACGAUGAUUACGAGGACUAUCGUCUCCCCAGGACUUUUCAAGUUCGUCGCACUAAGAAAAAAACCCAAACUACUGCCAGUUCUUGUGACAGAGACGAUGACCUAAAUGACGACGACCUUACCGACGACGAUGAGGGAGCUACAGCAGUAACAACCCCUCCUAGUAAUGGCGAGGACGAUGACUCUGACUUCUUCAGGGUAGGUGGCAUGAGUGGUGACGAGGAGAAAGAUAAAUGA